UUUUCAGAAUAAGCUGCCGCUGGAGCACCGAUCGCCUGCAUACCCCACCUUACAUGAUUCAUCAUCACAAAGGCACGCGCAAGUACAAUCAAUCUCCUCAUCGAGCCUAGCCUACAUACUACAAAACAAAAGGUGCCGAUCUGCAACCUACAAACUGUCGUGAAAAGUAUCCUGCUGAAACAGGGAAGUAGCGACUGUCGUGAAAAAAUCCUGCUGAAGCGCAGUGAAGUAGCGACGAACAAUUUCAAGAUGAGGUAUACAAUGAUAACUAUGCGCGCGUAUGGCCUGCGUAUGAAAACAUUUUUCGGUGGGGCCAGCCUAUAUGUAGCGGUUGAGGGUGCUCCGAGCACAAAUAUUUAAUAUAUAUAAUUAUCUAAAUUUAACUUAAUGCAUAAAGAUUGAAUUUUGCGUUGUGUAACUUUAACAGCUGGCCAGCUGGCAUAAUGUGUAUGCGCCUAGAUUGUUUCCUGUAACCGAUGUAUAACAAUGCUUCUUUAUAUACAAUGCUAAGAGACUUUGCCCUGUAACAAUACUGAGAGACUUUGCCUUGCUGUAUAAUGUGCCUAGAUUGUUUCCUGUAACCCAUGUAUAACAAUGCUUCUUUAUAUACAAUGCUGGGAGACUUUGCCUUGCUGUAUAAUGUGUAUAAUGUUUUCUCGUGUAUAACGCUUCUUCUCGCCUUGGGAGUUCUCGCCUUUGAGUUAUCUCCUUUAUAAGCCCUGCCCUGUACUGUACAGCUAGGCAGUGUGAGCCUGGACCAGCCAGUUGGAGGCCGGAGAGUAUCGUGACGUCGUUGUUGUUUUGUCGUGGUAACCCGAACUGUUUUGUUGAAUAAACUGAGUUUUGAACCUGGACAUGUUAUGGAGUCGGACUGUGGGCUAACGUCUUAUCACUUGACGCCCACAAAAGCAUUUAUUUAACUAAAAUACCCAUUUUCUACAGCUUGUAUAAACAAUUUUUUUUUAGUUUUGUUCAACAAGGAAAAGUGUGGAGCAAGCUGCUUCAACUUUAGCUAAAGACCUUAAGUUCGUACUUGAUGCAACUCACAAGCAAACGUUAACUAAGGUGGCAAACAUAGUUAGAAAUGCAAGGUUGCGAGAGAUGUUGGUUGGAGGAAUAGGUUACCACCAUGCAGGGUUGGAUGCCCAUGAUAGACAUCUGGUUGAAGAAAUAUUUCUCAAAGGAGACUUACUUGUUUUGGUAAGUACCAGCACCCUUGCUAUGGGUGUGAACCUCCCUGCACAUCUAGUAGUAGUGAAGUCCACUUGUCAUUAUGUGAAAGGAACAUUUCAAGAAUAUACACAAUCGGAAAUAUUACAGAUGACUGGCAGAGCUGGCAGACCACAGUUUGAUGAAUCCGCAACAGCAGUUAUUAUGACACGAGAACAUUCAAAGAAUCUUUAUCAGAAUAUUGUCAAUGGGUCACAGAAGAUUGAGAGUUCUCUACACAGCCACCUUAUUGAGCACCUGAAUGCAGAGAUUGUGUUGAUGACAAUAUGUGAUGUAUCGGUUGCACUGGAAUGGAUAAGAUCUACUUUCCUUUACAUUAGGUUGCUUAAGAACCCAACACAUUAUGGAUAUCCUGAAGGUUUAACGAAAGAAGAAGCAGAAUCCAAGUUACUGGAUCUAUGUUCGCUAAACCUAAGCCAACUCCAGUCCUUCAACCUCAUCAGCAUAGAUAAGGAUGAUCGUGUUAUGCCGAAUGAACCAGGAAGACUAAUG